AUUCCAUUUGCCUGCAAGGUUACUAUGGGCGAAACUGUGAGCACACCUGUAAUUGUGACCUCAAAUUUGACAAGUGUUUUGUCAGCACUGGAGGCUGUCCCUCGGGAUGUCCUGUUGGAUUUCACGGAGAAGGAUGUCGUAAAGCAUGUGACAUUGGCAGGUUCGGCAAAGGUUGUACACAGAUAUGUAGCUACCAGUGUGUCAAGGUUGCCUGUAACGCUGCUGAUGGGACCUGUGUCGACGGCUGUAGUCUGGGAUACAAGCCUCCAUUUUGCAACGAAGAAUGCGACUCUGGCUUCUAUGGCUACAACUGCUCUCAACCUUGUUCAAAGAACUGUAAUGGAACAUGCAGUAAACAGAAUGGCGCUUGCUUACAUGGAUGUAUGCCUGGAUACAAGGGCGCUCUAUGUGACCAAGUGUGUGACGUCACGACUUUUGGAGCAGGGUGUCAACAACAUUGCAACGUAUCUUGUUUGAACUCUGACUGCCACCACGUCACCGGUGUUUGUAAAGAUUGUCAGCCAGGAAAACGAGGAGAUCAGUGUGAAGAAGUUUGCGGCCCUGGAACCUACGGUAAGAUGUGUGCAAGUAUUUGCAGUGAGAACUGCCUGGGCACUGAGAGCUGUCACAAUGAAAAUGGAGAAUGCAAGUCAGGCUGUAAGAUCGGAUAUCAAGGGGUCAUGUGUGACAAACCUUGUACUAAUCUGACAUAUGGAGAAGGUUGCAAAUCUAACUGCAGCCAGUUCUGUGCCACAGAUGUCAGCCAGAACUCGCAAGUUUGUCAUCACAUUUCAGGAGAAUGCCGUCUGGGAUGUGUUAGCGAAUACGAAGGAUUGACAUGUUUAAAAU